GGGUCGAGGUUGAGGAAGCCUGCUCUAACCCAUGGGUAGGCAGACUAAGGCCCGGGGGCCGGAUCCAGCCCAUGGAUGGUCCGGGAAUCAGCGUGUUUUUACAUGAGUAGAAUAUGUCCCUUUAUUUAAAACUAGCUGGCCCUGCACGCGUUGCUGUGCGUUAGUCUGUGAAAUGGAGGGUAAUAGCCCCCCUUCAGAUCCCCCUGAGUCGAGGCGAGAUACUUUGGAGAGGGCAGGUUUCAUCCCUGUGUCUCCCCCCACCCUGUUCUGACCCAUUACGUAUCCCUGCUCCCUAUUGCCCCCCCCCCACAUCCCCUCCAGGCAGGCCCCUACCUCCACUUGGCAAUGUUGGUUAUUUGGUGGGGGCCUAGGGGUCUGAUAAUGGCCGCCUUGGUGGUUUCAGUUGCUUGGUUGAUGAUGUCAUUUGGUUUGUGGGUGUGGCUUAGAUUUCACAGGAAGGGAGGGGUGGAGGAGGGUACUACGCCACUUGAGGGUGCUGUUUGACUUGGUGGAAAACCAGGUCUAUACCUGCCCAGGUGUGUGAUUUGAGGGAUUUUUGUCCCCAACAACGCUCGGGGAGUGGCCUGGAUUGUUGUGUCAAAAUUUCAGGACGAUUGGUCAAGCAGUUACGAAGAAAAGUGGAAAACGCAGUUUCACGAUUUUUACAUUUUUAUAUAUAUAGAUGCAUCUCUGGGUUAUUUGUGGGGCCUGCCUGGUGCUUUUACAUGAGUAGAAUGUGUGCUUUUAUUUAAAUGCAUCUCUGGGUUAGUUGUAGAGGAUAGGAAUUCGUUCCUUUUUUUUCCCCCUUCAAAAUAUAGUCCGGCCUCCCUCAAGCUCUGAGGGACCGUGGACCGUCCCCCUGCUUAAAAAGUUUACUGACCUCUGCUCUAACCACUACACCCCACUGCCUUCCUAGAGUCCUUCUGCUAUGGGGCAGCUCUAUAAAUUAAGUAGGUAAAUGAAUAUGCGGAAAGCAAAAUGCCACUUAGAAAAGAUCUGGAAUAUUUUCCUUGACGCUUGCAUUUGCUUCAUUCCAGAUGGUUUUAUUUGAUGUUUAAUGUGUCGCAAACCGCUUUGAGGUCGUUUCUUUAAACAAUGCAGCAGUAUAGAAAAUAGAAUAAAAAUAAAAAAUAACAACAACAAAAAUAGCAUUGCUUUGGGGCUUCUGUUUGUGUGUUUAUCUUUAAAGAUUGCCACGCUGCUUUAGUGGCUCUCAAAAGAACGAGGAGAACGACGACGUGUCUACUCAGAGUAGCCCCAUAUAAAUUACUAAACCCAAGCUAGCAUUGUCCCUUAAUUUCGGCAGGCGUGUUCCAAGAAGCACUGGCUGCCACCCAAAAAUACAGAAUGAAACAAGUCAUUUUUUACUUUAAAAACAACCUCUGUUUACAAAACAACAUGCUUUGUUUCUCGUAGCUGUAGUUGUUAAUUGCGCAUACUCCUUGCUCAGAGGGGGCAAUUCGGCGCAUUAUUGAGUUGUGUAUUUUGGCCAGGGGUGUAUGUAUGUGUGUAACCUGGUCUGGAGGGAGCAGGCGACGAUAUUCAUAGAAUCAUAGAGUUGGAAGAGACCACAAGGGGCAUCCAGUCCAACCCCCUGCCAAGCAGGAAACACCAUCAAAGCAUUCUUGACAUACGCCUGUCAAGCCUCUGCUUAAAGACCUCCAAAGAAGGAGACUCCACCACAUUCCUUGGCAGCAAAUCCCACUGCCGAACAGCUCUUACUGUCAGGAAGUUCUUCCUAAUGCUUAGGUGGAAUCUUCUUUCUUGUAGUUUGAAUCCAUUGCUCCGUGUCCGCUUCUCUGGAGCAGCAGAAAACAAUCUUUCUCCCUCCUCUAUAUGACAUCCUUUCAUAUAUUUGAACAUGGCUGUCAUAUCACCCCUUAACCUUCUCUUCUCCAGGCUAAACAUACCCAGCUCCCUAAGAUUUUGCUUGAGGGGUGUGUGGUCUUUGCUAUUUCAAGGCCCACCCCCCACCCUACCCCCGCAUCUGGUUGCAGGAGCAUUUUUGGGUCACACUCCUUCCCUUUAUUCCCACGCCCAAUGAUGGAAUGCAUGUGCUGUGCUAGCGCAUUGCCGCUGGGUUAAGAUUUUGGGCGCUGCAAGCAUCUUGAGACAUCCCAGUACACGACAGCAUCAUCUGCGGGUGCUCGGAAGACUUUUUUUGUGCCAGAGAGAUCUUGCAAUAACUGGGGGGUUAUUAUUUUUAUUAUCUUCGCACAUUUGCAUUGGGUUCACUGUGGGGAUUGCCUGUGGAAAUGUGCAAACAGGCCUAUUGGUGCGAUUUUUAUUUUUAAGACUGUGCGCAUCUGCAGAACGCCGAGUGUUUUUUUCUUAGGCGGUUUUUCUUUAGUCCCUGUAAAAAACGGGGGCCGUGGUGGCGUGUUGCGUUGGAGGAGAUGAAGGAACCGGCAUGACGUCAUGGCUGACUUGACCAAUUGCAGCUCGGAAUCUGUUCCGUGCCUUUGCUCGCCGACAUACCAAUUGGCUACGGUUGUCACGAGUCUCCACUUCCCCCAGAUAAGCAGUUGUGUCAAUAUCCUCGGCCCGGGAUAAUAGAUGGGAGCCUUCCCUCCCUUUUUCCAGGACCCGAGUUCAAGAUCUUGCAGCUUGCUCUGCAGCAGGACCUUUCCUGACCCCUCUCAGAGCUGCUGGAUGGAGCUGGCUGUUGCCCAGGAGGACUCCAAGCCUCCGUCAUUGGGGUCUUAAGCGACUUCCUUUGCCGAUGGCUUGGCCAAGGAAAGGGAGCCGAAGUGUUUGAUGUUUCUAUGGCGACGCCUGGUGUUGUUUUUCGGUUAAUGAUUUGCGAGCGCUUGGCUACUUCCUUUGGCUUUGGAAGGGAUUUUCUUGUCUUUGCUUGAAAGGGAAAAAUAAUCCGUCAAGAGUUAUUUAUUAGCUCCAUAACGGCAUCGGCUGGACACCGCCUGACGCACAGUUACGUCAGGCGGCGGCUGUCCGUCAACACCCCCCUUCCACCUUAACUACAGCUGACUUGCACCCCUUGUUGUGAUUUCCCCUCUCCUCGGAGCUUCGCCAGAAUUGUACCCGACUGCACCACUUAGCACGUGCCCUAACAGUAUUUCUGAACCCUUGCCCUCUGGACUGCAAUGAUCUUAGGCUCUGCCUAAGACGUCUCCCAUCAGACUGCGGCUGUAAGAUGCGCAGAGAAAGCUCCCCGGCUGCCUUCUUUUUGCGCGGCUCCGAUGAUGCACAUAGCGCCAUUAUAUUUCAGAUUUCCUGCAAAAUCGACGCAGGGUGCACCCUGUCACCCUCCUCUUUUCCUCCGGUCCCCAGAAGCACACCCUCUUGAGACAUCGGCCUCCACUCGACACACUCCAACCCGGCCGUCGUCAUCUCGCGCUCCUGACCACCUUGCCCGUUCUGGAAUCGCAUCAUGCCUCCCGCAUGUCAGACGCAGAAACCCACUUCCUUCGCCGCUGCCGAGGGCUCCCCGCACAGGCCGAAUCCAAUUGGGUGACGCCUCUUGGCCUCUCGGCCUGACCCACAUACCGAAACAGCGUCCGGCUUGCUCCUGACGGACACAUAACACCCGCCGUUUUGCAGAGGAAUGCGGACCCACGCGGACCCCUUCUGCAGCUGACACCCAAGACACCUGAAGCCCAUUUCGGCCCGACGGUGUCGGUGUGGCGGAUCGCGUCCCCGUCUUUGGUUACGCCCGUCUGUAACACCCGACAACACGCGUGCAACAGGCUGCAGAUCCCAGCACACACACGCUGACGCAGGCCUAUCACAGCGAUCCUGGCGCCCCGGCCUGUUGCGCAGCAAAAGUUACGCUGCCUGGACCGUCAGGCAAUGACUCUUGGAGGCUGUGGCCUCUCUGGCAGCCAGGAAGGGCUUUUUAAUUCUCCUCUCCUCUCCUCUUCCGCCCCCUCUGCCCUCCUGCCUUGCUGCAUUCUUCUAGUGCUCAGCUUGGGAGGAGGAUGUUAACACAAGGCCGUCUGCGCUGCUGGCUCUCCGGAAAUGGCAGGGGAUUGGGUUCCUUUGGCUGUGCAAGCUCGGCGGCUCAGCUCUCCCCACCGCUCGCGGGGAAAGCUUCGAUUCAGGGAGGGGAAAUCCGCGGGAGGAUCCUGCUCAGACAGAUUUGGAGACAGCAUCUUGAGCAACAGGGACACAGACACCCAAUAGAUGUGGUCUCCUCGUGUAGGUCUGAGGCCGCUGAAUGGCUGCAGCAAUGGAGCUCACGGACACUGGCCACUCCAGCUCCCUCCUGGUCCAGCUGAACGAGCAGCGCCUCCGCGGUCAGUUCUGCGACAUCACCAUCAUUGCCGAAGACACCAAGUUCAAGGCCCACAAGAACGUCCUCGCGGCCUCCAGCCCGUACUUUAAGGAGGUGCUGUCGGAGGAAUCCACCUGCCAGCAGCCCGGCCAGAUCCUGGAGCUCCCCGACAUCCAAGCGGAAGUCUUCUCCGACGUCCUCAACUUCAUCUACAACUCCCGACUCUCCGUGCCCAGCCCGGCCGCCGCCAAGGAGAUCGGGGCCGUUGGCCGCCGCCUCGGCAUCUCCCGCCUCGAGGACCUGGACGACCCCAAGAUGGACGACUCGAGCGGGGCCUCUUCCAGGCUGUGCAGCUCGCCGAUUGACCUCACCUGCCCUUCCCGCUCGGCGGAGCCUUCCAGCCCCCUCAGCUUCCACGAUUUGGCCAAAGCCUCCAGCCCGGCGAGCGACGGCCAGCCCGACCCCGAAACAGAGACCGCCAAGAUCCUGUACAACCUCAGCUCGGUCGCCGCCGUGCCACCAUCCCAGCCAGACCUGGCUUACGUGCUGAAGGGAGGCGUCAGCUGGGACCACGAUGAUUCCCCCGGAAACCCCUCCACCGCCAACGGCGAGGCGGACCACCAAGGGCCGGCCUCCUCUCGCUCGCCCCCGUCCGGAGCUUCCUACCCGGCCACCAGCUCCUUCUGUUGCGGAAGCUGUGGCCGCUCCUUUACCACGUCGUCGGCGCUCAGCCUGCACAUGAAACUGCACCGGACACGCCGUUCUCUCUCGUGCCAGCACUGCGGCAAGAGCUUCAUCCACAUCAAGCGGCUGCAGACGCACGAGGUCUUGUGCAAGGAGACGGAGAAGGCUGAGGAGGGAGCCCCCGCGGGCGAGGCGCUGCCCAGUCCCGGAUUGCCUCCCAAGCCACCACUGCCAUCUUCCAAGAAGAGCGUGCUGUUCCGCCACCGCGGGCUGCAGCGCAUGGACUACAUCUCGGACCAAGACCACUUUGUCAAAGUGGUCGACGGGCACAUCAUCUACUUCUGCACCGUCUGCGAGCGCUCGUACAUGACGCUCUCGAGUCUCAAGCGCCACUCCAAUGUCCACUCGUGGCGGAGGAAGUACCCCUGCCGCUACUGCGACAAAGUCUUUGCUCUGGCUGAGUACCGCACCAAGCACGAGGUGUGGCAUACGGGCGAGCGCCGAUACCAGUGCAUCUUCUGCUGGGAAACCUUCGUCACCUACUACAACUUGAAGACCCACCAGAAAGCCUUCCACGGGAUCAACCCCGGCCUGAUCUCUUCCGAGAAGACGCCCAACGGAGGCUACAAGCCCAAGCUCAACGCCCUCAAGCUCUACCGCCUCCUGCCCAUGCGCUCCCAAAAGAGGCCCUACAAGACCUACAGCCAAGGCCUGGUGCCCGAGAACCUCCUGCUCCCAGCUCAGCCCAUCCCCAUGGCGCUGGGCGACGGGGACUCCUUGGACGGCAACCUGGUCUCCUCGCUGGGCAACGGCGACAUUGCUUCCGUCUUCACCGCCAAUGGCGGCUCCCUGGAGAUGCCCGAGCCGGAACACUUUCCACGGCCGCAGGAAACUGCGGCGGGCCCAGAGAUCCCAGGGCUCCCAUCCGCAGGCGAGAACACUCCUUCGGACAAGAGGCCGGGGCCUCUGAGUGCAGAGGCCGCCUCUGUCAUCGCCUAUGGGCGGCCCACCUCCUCGGUCAUCGUCCACAGCACGUCGGUGUUGUCGCAGACGCCCUCUGUGAUUACCUACAACAGCAAGUCUUCGGAGGCAGGGCCUCUGGCGCCGACACAGGUGCCAUCUUCCGCCGUGGCCAGGCCUAUCAAGAAGCAAGUGCUGAAGGAGUACAUCCAAUCGCAGAAGGCAGACGAGCGGGCUCCGGAAGAAAGCGGCGAGCCCAGGGCCAGGGGGCCGCGGUCUGGGCGGACCAUGACGUACAUGGCCAAGCCGGCGUACGUCGGGGCUGCCUCCGAAAGCCGUGCUGCGCCGCUCUGCCAGAUCACGGUGCGCAUCGGCGAGGAAGCCAUUGUCAAGCGGCGGAUCUCUGAGACGGACCUCAUGCUGGACAAGGGCGGCCGUGUCGGGGGCAAGCGCUUUGAUUUUGGCAGGGAGCUGAGCAGUGGGAAGGAGGCGGCGCCGGAAGCCCCCCACGGCAAGCACACCAGCCGGGGGUACGCCAACGAGAGCGGUGAGGAGGAGAGCGACCGGGGCGACGCCGAAGACCAGCUGUGGCGGCCCUACUACAGCUACAAGCCCAAGCGGAAGUCUGGCGCCGGCGCCAACACGCUGCCCAAGUUGAAAAAGUCCCGGUGGCACCGCAAGCUCCGCUCUCUGCGCUGGAUGAAAAGGACGGAGAAGGCCGGGGAGGAAGAAGAGGAGGAGGAGGAAGAGGAGGAGGAGCAGGGUGUGGGGACCAGCGAGUCGGUGCCGGUGGAAGUCGGGGCCACCUCUGAAAUUGAGGGGCCGAGCCAGCCUCCCAAAGCAGGGCGCGGCUCCGAGUGGAAGCACGAGUGCGGGGCCUGCGGCAAGCUGUUCUCCGCACUCAAGAAGCUGCGGAAGCACGAGCGGGUGCACGGACGCCUCGCCAAGGACAACCCGCCCCUGGCGCCCUCGCAGGCUCACCGUGUAGGCCGCAAACCCCUGGUCAAGUUCACCUGCACCCGCUGCGCCAAGGUGUGCAAGACGGCGGCGGCCCUCAGCCGCCACAUGAAGCGCCACGAGGGCGAGCCGCCCGAGCCGCCGCCCUUGCCGGCCCUCACCACCGUCAUCGCCUACUCCAAGAAGGCGGCGGAGGCUCCUCCCGCGGCUGCCGUGCCGGCACCUGUCAUCAAAGAGGAGACCAUGCAGGAGAUGCAGGUCUCGUCCUCCAGCGGCGAAGCGCCCUUGUGCCCGCAAGAGGUCCCCGGGGAGGGGGAGGGGGAGGAAGGGCCUGCGGUGGCGGACAUGCAGCCUUACGGAUGCCGCACCCCGGUGCCGGAAGAGGAGGGCGUGCCCCUGGCGGGAGGGAACAAGUCUCCGUUUCCAGAGGAGCCCCACGCCCACCCGCCUGUGCUGGAGGCAGCCACCAGCCUCGCCGAGCUCCCGCCAAGGUUACCGCACUCCCUGCAGGACCCGGUCAUCUCGCACACGGGCCUCGCCCUGAAAGAGGCUUUGGCGCCCGAGCUGGAGGAGGACCGAUACCCCGUCCAGGAGUACCCACUGCCCUUGCUGGUGCCGGGCAGCUGUCGGACCCAGAAGGACCUGGAGGACAAGCCGCCCUCGUUCCUUGCCUACCCCAGCGCCAUCCAGUUCAGUGGCGUGGGCAAGGCGGGCGGCGGUGACAGCGGCGACGCCGGCAAGGUCUGCUUCUACCCGGACCCCUACCCGCUGAUGUACGGCCACCAGCUCCUGGCGGCCUACCCCUACAACUUCACCCUCCCGGUGGCUCUGAACAUGGUCGUCCCGGACGAGAAGGGGCAGCCGCUGCCGUUCCUCCCCGGUGUCUUCAGCUACUCGGUGAACCCCUGCCGCGGCGAGGUCCAUGACGGCUCUGCCGCUGCGGCCUCCAGCGUUGCCAUGGCGAUGGGGGCCGGCACGGCCCACGAGGGCAGAGGGGAGCUGCCCGCCCCGGAGAGGCUGAAGAAAGGGAGCCUUCUGUGAGGGGGGGAGGACCAAGGGAGACUGGGGGGUAGGGGGUCAGCCGGAGGCGAGGGGCGCCUCCGCUUCCGCCUUUUGGCCUCCCCCAAGAUGGCACCCUCCCCUGGCUUUGAACUCCAGCUCCCGCCCAGCCAGUGGAAGGUUUGGGGCACUCUGGGGUUGUGGAAGGCGGCCCCCUCCUCCCCGAGAUGGGAUGUUCGGGGCGGGGGGGCGGAGUGCAGUGGCAGUGCUGUGGCAAAGAGAGAGACAGAGCUGUGGAAACCAGAGGUGAGCAUUGAUGGCGUAG